AUGGCCUUGACAACAUAUCAUUGUCAAGGUCAAGCGAUUGAAUCGCCGUUGGCGAACAUAACAUCCGAGAUCGAGGAACGUCGAUGUGAUCUGAUUGGCCAUCAGCGGCAGCUGAAGAACAAAGUCGUUACGUUGGAACGCUCCAUCCCGGCUAUGAUAGCAUACAACAUGUGGAAAACUGAGCAAGAUUUAUGUGAUGGGCCAUAUGACAAAGUACGAGAGAUCAUGAAUGUAUUCGCACCACAGUCAGAUCCUGCCGACAAACUCAUAGCCGAAUUGAAGAAUGUGGUCCACAGCCUCCACCAAGAAACGACACAGUUGCAUGAUAAGAUCAUAGACGCGGAUGUGAAACUGGAGGAAACUGGCAUGGAAUUGGAGUCCUUAGAGCUGGCUAAUAAAGAAAUGGAAGAGAAAUUGACAGAAUUGCGCAAUGAGAUACAGAAACGCAAUACACCUAGUCUACAUUCUAUUCAUUCCGAAGAUCUGAUAUGUCUGAAAAAAAUUCGUCAAUUGGCUGAAGAAGAAUUGAAAUUAAAAAAUUACAUCGGGGAGCUUGAAAGUAAAGAAUUCAUGUACAGGCGACAAAUGAGCAAAUUGCUGUCCUGCAAGAAAUUUCAGCGUGACAGUGAAAAAAUGGACUCAAAGGAAACUGAUAAAAAGUUAAUCGGUUUAUUAGAAGAUUACACACGUAAUAAAUAUGUGACGAAGAAAAAAUUUCAAUUUGAAAAUAGGAAACGAACUUGCUGCUCAUGUGCAACGUCGGUAAUGUUAACUUCUCACGAAAAGGCAUCAAAAAGACCAUUUCAAGCCGAAAAAUUAUGUCCACCGCUUUCGUGCUGUGUUCCAUUGGAUCGCCACACAUCACGUAUAACCGAGAGUAAAUCGCGUGAUUGUAUUUGUUGCAAAUCUUGCAAACGAGUUUCUUCAGCUGUAUUUAAAUCUAAAUCUCCAUGUUCGGCAAAAUCUUCUUGCGAGUCUUUAUUUAGCGUCGCUUUGAAAACAGAUGUACCGCAAUCCAAACAAUUAACACAAUCUUCAGUGCCGUGUGAUCCCAGUAAAACAUGCAAUGAGUGUACGAUUCCUUCCGCAUGCAAGCAAAUUAAUAUUUGCAGAUACGAUUGCGGAGAAAAACGUAAGCAUGAAUUAUGUAAUUGCAAUGUUAGAUCUUUAGAUGAGGACCAAUCAAUAUCUUCGGAAAUGCAUUCGGAAUCAGAAAUAGACAGCAACAGCGAUGAGUUCUGCGAGUGCUGCUCCUGUGGUUGCGAAGAUGAUUUAUUAUAGCAAUAUAAUUAAUGUCAGACAUUUACGAAAUUAGUCAAAUUAACCAACUUUAAUGUUCUAGACUAGAUAGUACAAAAAUUCCUUUAUCUUAUAAUAUGUAUGUAUAUAUAAGUAUAUAUUUUGAUAUAAUUAAAUUUCGUAC